CUCGGCGGCAGCAUGCGCGCGGUUGGCGGCGGCUGAGGUGUUGCAGCUAUGGUGAAGGAGGAAUGUAAGGCGUUGCUGGAUGCGCUUAACAAGGUAGCCGCCUGCUAUCGCCACAUGGUGCUGACCAUUGGGGGCACGGCGGACUCGCAGAACCUGCGGGAGGAGCUGCGGAAAACCCGGCAGAAAGCUCAGGAGCUGGCGGUGGCUAACAGGAACAAGCUGACGGGCGUGCUGAGGGACAAGACGGUAAGCAAGGAGGACAAAGCGGAGUUUGAGAGGCUGUGGGUCAUCUUCUCCACCUGCCUGGAGAUCCUGGAGGUCGACAUGCGGCGGGCCCUGGAGCUGGGCCACGAGUUCCCCCUCAAUGUCCCCAAGAAGCACCUGAUCCAGACGGGGAUGAGCGGGGGCACGUCGGGAGUAGCUGCCCGGGCCAUGAGCGUCCAGAACAUGAAGUACGAGGCUGAGCACAACAUCGACGUGGUGGAUUUGAAAGACCUAGAAAAAGAGAUCAACCAGGUGGGGGAGAUGAUGUACGAGAUGGAGAUGAAGGUGAACGUCCCCCACUGGACAGUAGAAGCCAAGCAGGACCCUGGGGCUGAACUGAAAUCCACUGUGAGCAUGGGUGCCUCCUCCAUGGGCAUGAUCUCUGUGGAGGAGAACAAAUCCUUCUGUGAUAUCAGCAAGGUCUUGGCAGGCGUGAUUUUCUCUGCAGUGCUCAUCAUUGCUAUCGUCCUGGCGGUGUGCGUAGUAAAACUUUCCUAAAAUGGCCUCGCUGCUCACCGGUGGGUUUUUUGUGUGUGGCACAAUUUGUUUUGGGAAGGUCUCCUGGAAAAGCUGAGAACUGAAAUUGUGACUUCAAUACACACGCACACCUGAAAAACCUUUUGGGUCGCAUAUUGAUAUUGCGUACCUAGGGUUUGUGCACCCCUUUUAGCUUUAAAGGGGGGAUAAGGCUGUAGAUCAUCCUGCAGAAUAAGACUUGUUUUCUGGGCUGGUCAUGGUUAACUGGAUGAAGCCCCAGGGUAUUAUCGGUACUGGCUAUAAGAGGGAUUUGUCUGCUAUUAAUAGAUAAUGAUUCCCAGUAGCCUGAAUUCCGUGUUCUUCAAUAGGUUCUGAUGUCUGCGGCUGGUCCCAUGUUUACAAUGUCUAGGGAACAUCCCAGAAUUUGGGGAUUAGGAUGUACGUAUAUAGGGCAGUAUUGAUGGAGUGAUUUUGCUCCCCUUCCCAAACGCACAGGGUUUUCUGCCACAAGAAGUGAGCAAAUCCCAGUAAGAAGAUGUAAACCAUCUAUUUUUUACCUUAAUCUUUAGGGGUUUAAGUCUAGGAGACUGUGCAAGCAAUGUUUGAUACUAAAUACUGUCUGUAGGUUGGCACUGCUCCUACAGAAUCCAGUUGCACUUCUUGGUCUAGCAUACAUUAAUAACCACUGUAGUAAAUCCAAAACUGCAGAAAAAGGAUGGGGAGCAAGUUCUAUGGAGAGAGAUUAACAGACUUCAUCCUCCUCUCCCAAAUGCAUUUUUUUCCUCCUUGCAGGAAAGCUCUUUCUUGCCACUUUCUCAAAUCUUUUUUUCCACUAGCUACCAAAUGUAAAAUUCAGCACUUCCCUGAAGUCGGACAGCAGGGGACUUUUUUUUUUUUAUAUAUUUUUUUUUUUUUUAUUACAUUGCAGUAAACUAACAAAGUUAAACCUGACAUUCCAGCUUGCCUGCCUCAGAUCCUGUAGCACUAAUAGAGGUCUAAUCUCACAUUGAUGAGCAGGGAUUGUGCAGCUCUCAUUUGUGGUAAGAAGAUUUAUAUAUGUUAUAUACAGGACUAAAGGAAAAUAGAACAGGAGGGCUCAGAUCUCCAUUUCUUUCUUGCCUGACUUCAGGUCCCUCUGAAAAGAGUGGCCACUGCACAGUUGGCUCUAGAGUUGGUAAAAGUGAGCAGAUGCUCCUGUAGGGUGGAGGUGGGAAGGUAAGAGUGGAAAAACAAAAUGUGAAAAUUGACUUUGACUUCCUUUUCUUUUUAACUGCUUAUGCUUUCACUUCUGAGAGUGCACUUAAAAUCUUGGAAGACAAUUCCUGUGUGAUCUUGCACCAAAAGCAUACAUCACUUUUUAUAUUUUAUAUUAAUUUUAUUUAAUUUAUGUAUGUGUUUGGAUUUUUAAAAAAAUCCAAAUCCCUACUUUUUUUUUUUUUUUUUUAAGGCAAACCCUUUCUGACCCAAUUGGAAAUCUUUGGGCAUGCCACAAAGUGCCACAGACAUGCAUGGCACUUGACAGACAAGUCCUUGUGCUAUAAGGGUAACAAUGCAAAAUGAUUUAUGGCUCCCUUGUAUUAAAGAUGAAAAUUGCCUAGUGUAGACAGAUGGGUCAGAUCUGUGGAGAGCAAGUCAUAAAAUAUUGUGAGGUAAAUUAAUAAAUCAGCUUGGCACCAUGCUUUUAAAUUUUUGUGAAUCCUAUGAAUAAAAUGUAUUGUGAAAACCUACAAAUAAUUUUGUCUGAAAUAAAACUUUUAUCUUUUUU